CCCGCGUCAAGUAACAAUGUGGCCUUUUGUUAUCCUGGCUGAUAUUUUAAAUUGCUGUGGCGCAGUUCAACCCCCGCUUUCAUGCCUGAUGAUUUUGCAAACGACGAAGCUUUAAUUGAGAAAUUUACGAUAAUAUUACGGCGCUUUACAGACACGACAACUCUUGAGACUUGAUCGACUCCUUUGAAACAAGGUUGUUUUUUUUUUCUUUCCUCCAGGAUUAGUUCAGUAUUUUCGCAUUGGUUGAUGGACCCAGCAUUCAAAGCAUUCAAAGGAUGACAAUAAUUCCAAUGAAAUCAAAAGUAUUUUCCCUGAUGGAAGUUUCUCUUCACACUGACAUGUCUUCCUGUUGGAUUGUUAUUCGGGAUAAAGUGUAUGAUGUGACCAAUUUUUUGGACGAGCAUCCAGGAGGAAGGGAAAUCAUUCUAGAACACGCAGGUAUGGAUGCUACAACUGUAUUCCAAGACAUAAGCCACUCGAUUGAAGCUCAAAAGAUUCUCUCUAAAUAUCAAAUUGGAGAACUGAGAGAGAAAGACAAAAUCUAUAACUCCAAGCCUAAACCUUAAGGAUCGAGAUGUCCUCCUUGGCACCACCAAUUAAGACAAGAUACAUGUCUAGCGUACGGAUAUUUGGUUUUCUGUUGAUCAAUGGCUGAAUAACAAGGCACCAAGUUCUUCCACACAACUUUAAGUGGCAGUUGUGAAAAGAACGAACAGUAGAAAGGAAAAUGCAGGAAUUUCAAGAGAGACUCUCAUGAGUUCUUCGUGGGAGACAUAGGCUUCGCUCUUAAGACACAAUUUUGUCAUUUAGUACUGAAAAGAUGAUCAUACAUUGGUCAUCCGUGAAGUUCAUAUUUAGGCGUUUCUCCUUCUAGCAAAAGUAUUUUGUAGGUGAAAAACCAAAUCGGAUAGCCAUACAGCAAACGUAUGUCUCAAAACUCUUCUGUUUGAUAAACGUUACAGUUCUUUUCCAACUAACCAGAAAAAAAUCACUUUGAAUUCAGUAACACUUCCAUGUAAAUCCUCAAAUUUAAUUUUGCAUUCUUCUUGAAUUGACGGUUCUGUUAGCGAUAAGUAUCGCUAAAUCGUUCAGUAAUUUCUUUACAAAUACCAAUUGUUGUUGGUGAUCACAAAAUCUUCGGUAGAGAUAUAGUCUUAAGUGAAAAAUAGACAGUCCAAUACUGCAUGUGGCUACUGGUGUAGCACAAUUGUUAUAGCAAUGAGAAGAACUACAAGUUUUAUAGUGAUGCUCUCUUCCGUAGGAUAAAGUUUGAAUUCAUUUGAAAAACCAUAUGUUAAUUUCAUAUGACUUAAUUAGAAAAAAAAUAUUUGUAACAUGUAAAAUUUAGAUAAGUUGUCUAUAUCGCUGAAAUUGGUAGAAAGCUGGAGACCCGAUUUAAGGAACACCUUUAAAGUAAAUUCGGGAGAAGACUUGAAUGCCGUAGAAGAGCAUAUAAAGAAACUUUGUGACCAUUAUUUUUCCUCCGACAACGUUACCAUCUUACCGCAAAUAAUUCCAUCCUACUGCAUCAUGCUUACGGAAUAUUUCACCCUUUGAAUGAAUCGGUUUAAGUAGCUAUAUCUCGUAAUUUUUCUUCUCAAUUACUAGCUUGCGUUCAAUUCGCUAAUUUUUGCACGCUGAGAGGUAAGUAUACCUUACCAAGGAAUGUUCGCUUCUUCUCCAUCAAAAAGUCCCAACGAUGUAACCUCCAGCAAUUUAUUCUUGGGAAAAACAGAAGUUGUUGCAAUUUGUUUUCAACAAAGUGCAAGAACACAGGCGCGGCAAUAAGAAAAAGUGUACCUUGCGCCGGCUUCUACCAUUGCUUUCACUGUGAUCAAAAAAUAUUUCACAGAUAUCCAGUUGAUUUCUGAUUAAACUUUAUUAUUCUUAAGAAAUUCUGCCCCAUAUAAAAACGUUCGGAUUGAAUAAACUUUUUGCCUGCCUAGCA